ACCAACUCGAGAUUAACGGAACCUUGUGUACAGCCACAUUUUAACACGGGCUGUUUUUAUUGAUGCACAUAUUUGAGAACCAUCUCUUGCGUCGACAGUAACUCUUUAGGCGGCUAUGGUAAGUUUAAUUUCAAACUGUGAACACGUCUAAUUUAGACUUUACCUGUUCUUUCUAGACUGCGGAGGCAGUACGUCGUUAAACCACGUAACUUCCGACUGACUAAUAUGAACGAUUGGAGCCCAAUAGCGAAGGUGUACGACCCGCUAAAAGCAGGUAGCAUCGAUGGCACAGACUUGGAACCCCAUGACCGCGCUGUAUGGAGGGCGAUGUUUUCCCGAUACAAGCCCAAUAAAGGUGUAGUGGGAGAUCCCCUUCUUACACUGUUCGUUUCCCGCUUGAACCCACAAACAACGGAGGAAAAGUUACGUGAAGUGUUCUCAAAGUACGGCGACAUCAACCGGCUCCGCCUUGUGAGGGACAUUGUGACCGGCUUUUCCAAGGGAUAUGCUUUCGUUGAGUACAAAGAAGAACGGUCUCUUGUUCGGGCAAGGAGAGAGGCCAACAAAUUGGUUGUUGACCAAAAUGAUUUGUUCGUGGACUUCGAGCAGGAAAGAACUCUCAAAGGAUGGGUACCCCGACGAUUCGGAGGCGGACAAGGAGGGAAAAAAGAGUCUGGACAGUUGCGGUUUGGUGGAAAAGACAGACCCUUCCGCAAACCCAUAAAUCUGGUGGGCGUCCCAAUGAACCAGGACUGGGCAGACGGUGGGAGAGAGUGGGAAAGAGGCGUAGACCGGGAAGUUCGGCAGCGAGGGGGGAAUGAUUACUCCUCAAGCCACGAGAGAGACACUGGCCGGGCAAAUAGAGGCAGAAGAAAUGACCACGAGAGAACGAGAGAGAGAGACAGAGAGUACCACAGAGAAAGAAAAGAUUUGAGCCAUGAUAGAGGGAGGGAUGACAGAGGGAGGGAUGACAGAGGGAGGGAUGACAGAGGGAGGGAUGACAGAGGGAGGGAUGACAAGAGACACCUGAACACAUACAGGCCAAGGGACAGGAGAUGAUGAACUGAUUGAGUUCUGAGAUUUCUGAAUCACAUUGUGUGGAAACACAUUUUGUUGGUUGGUCACCUAAACACCUUUUAGAAGUUGAAGGAAUUCAGAAGAGCUUUAUCGUUAGUUUCCCUUCA